GCUGCAUGCAUUUGUUUUUCAAGUCGACAGUCCAUUGUUUACUCGAUCGUAGCAGAAGACAAGUCGCAGUUUUGUAGGGAUCAGCCUGAAGAAGCAGAAAGCAGCAAGUGCGGCAUUCUUCUCUGAAACAGAAUCUUUUUGAUAUGUUGGAAACGAUUGAGUGAAGGAUGAGCAAGAUCUGUGCGACGUAAUCAAUUACUUACCCCUGGGGCAAUCGUGCGGUUUUUAUAUUACUUCUCGAGGAUGGAGGGAGUUGAACAGGGUAACUUUGAAGAAAAGGAAGAUGAUAUUUUGACGAAUUCAGUGGUCCGGCAACGAAAGAUCAUAACUAGUGCGAAAGAGACAUUUGAAAAUGCUUCAAGAAUGCUGAGAAGAAAGAUUCCUCAGACUGGGCAUCUUAUGACUCCACGACGCUUGUGGAUCCAGACAGUUCCAACACAAGAAUGCGAUGUUGUCUUGAUGUUCCCUUCUGGUACUGCUGAUUCGACUCUGAUGUGGCUACUAUCUCGGUUACGAGCAGGUACUCCAGGACUGGUUGCUCAUGUCAGGCACCAUUCAUCAUCUGAUAGCUAUGGCUUCUAUCUCACAGCUCCAUUCAAUGUGUUGUUAAAAGCAGCUGAAGAGAUCCAUCUUCCUAAACUUUUAAAAGCUGAAUAUGGAGGUGGUUUAAAGGAACUGGUUCAGGCUGAUAUUAGCAGCUUUGAAGGGACAGAAUGUGAAGAGACUUUCUUCAGCUCACAAGAAAGGCAGACACUUGUGCUUCAUCUGCUGCACUCUCUACGCGCUGGUCCUGCUGAAGCUGCUGCUUCUGAUAUUUUUGGAAAACUGCGGUUUAUUGAAGGACAAGCAAUUGUUCCAAAAUGUCUCUCAGCCGGUGUAAUAUCUCAGGUGUUUCCUCUCCACGAUCUUCCAUCGCUCCAGCAGCUACAACAGUCAUGGGUCAGAGCAUUCUUGAGCCUGCAACCUUUAGAUGCCAUCUCUGAGUACUUUGGUGUGAAGAUUGCCAUGUACUUUGCAUGGCUCGGACACUACACUGCAGCACUUCUUGUACCUGCGUUCGUUGGAUUUAUGUUUUGGGUGGGUUUCAGUGGCCGUUCACAGCAUGCACAAGAUGUUGGAUAUGUCCUUUUUUCAUUCUUCAAUGUUUUAUGGGCCAGCAUUUAUUUAGAAGCUUGGAAACGGUAUUCUGCAGAACUUGCAUAUCGAUGGGGUACCCUUGACCAACGAGAUGAGCUACUGGUUGAACCAAGGCCGUUGUACACAGGAGUGUUAGAAGUUAGUCCAGUAACAGGUAGACUUGAACCGUACUUUCCACCUUGGAAAAGACAUGUCUUUCGCUGGUUUGUUAGUGUUCCAAUCAUAGGUCUUUGUCUUGCAAUUGUAUUCUUCGUCAUGAUAAUCAUUCUUCAGCUUCAGGAUUGGUGGGACAAACGGAUUGAAUCUUAUGGUUACCCCUUUUGUCUAAGCUACCUACCUAAAAUUUUACUGGCCAUUGUGAUAAGUGUUCUUGAUGAAGCUUAUUACAAAGUUGCAUGCUGGUUGAAUGACAAAGAAAACUACAGACUUGAGACCAAGUAUGAAAAUCAUCUCAUCGUGAAAGUGGCUUUGUUCCAGUUUGUGAACUCGUUCCUUUCCCUGUUUUAUAUUGCCUUCUACCUACAAGAUCAGGAAAGGCUAAAGGAGCAACUAGCUGCUUUACUAAUUGCUCGUCAAGUGAUUGGAAAUUUAAAGGAGUCUGCUUUUCCAUACAUUCUUGAACAAUGGCGCCUUGCCAAGUUGAGUUUUGAUCUAUUUGGUGCGUUAAGCCCAUCUGUUGAAAAUAAAAAGCCUCCUAGCCUAGAGACCGAGCAUCAAGAAGGGUCUACAUCUGAAGUAGAUACAAAUAACGAAAUAUAUGAGGAGGGAAGGUCAAACUCGGGAAAUAGGAAUGUUAGUCAGGCAGAGUUGGAAAGUGCUCUCUACAAGUACAAUGGAACAUUUGAUGAUCAUCUAGAGCUUUUCAUUCAGCUUGGAUACGUUGUUUUAUUUUCAUCUGCCUUUCCAAUGGCUGCAACUUGUGCUCUUAUUAAUAACAUCAUUGAAAUUCGAUCUGAUGCCUUCAAGCUCUGCUUCAUUUUUCAAAGACCUUUUGGACAGAGGGUCCCCAAUAUAGGAACUUGGCAGAAUGCUAUGGAUGUAAUGGGAUUCAUAGCAGUUCUUGUAAACUGUGCAUUGAUUGGUCUUUCGGGACAAGUUCAUCGCAUGUUUCCUGAAAUGUCAACAACACAAACAAUUCUUCUAAUUGUUGCCUUGGAGCAUGGCAUGCUUGUUAUGCGUUUCUUGAUCACUUGUGCCAUACCCGAUUUACCUAAAUGGGUGGCAAUAGAAAUGGCCAAAGUGGAAUUUGCACGACGUGAAGCUCUCAGACGACUCUCCUCUACUGUACAGACACCUGCCCCAGAAUCAUGCCCAUCACAACCAAGCACUUACAUUGGAAGUUGUUCAAGUUUGUGGCACAGAUUUAUGGUUUCGCCGGCUGCCCACGGGAGCCAGGACGGCUCAGAGGCCUCCGUCGACGAGAGCGCCAUCAGCGCCGCCGCCAGCGCCAGCCGGACCAACACGCCCCCAGCCUCCAGGUCCUCCAUCUCGGGCACCUCGUGCCGCGACCUGGAGGAUGCCACCUCCAGAGGGAGCACGCCUAGCACGGGGCGAACGUCCGCGGCGGUACUUGUCCUGGAGGAGGGCCUCGUCGAGGAGAGCCGGCAACAGACGCCGGACAAGUCGUCCCCGGCAAGCAUCGGCAGGGUGUCCGUGUCUAGCGCGAGGCGCUCGCACGACUGGGCGGAGGGCGCGAGCGGGCGCGGGUCGCUUGCCAGCACCCCGCUGCAGGACAUGCACCCCGUCCUCUCGCACGCGCUCCCGCCCACCCCUGCCCCCUCGGCGCCGCGACGCUCCCGCGAGUGGCUGGGCACGGAGGCGGAGGCGGCGGCGCUGCAGCACCACCUGACCAUCGGGCCGCACGGCGGGGCGGACUGGGUGCGGCGCCUGGCCCUCGGCCUGGACGGACCUGCGAGGAAGACCAGCGAGCCCGAGGCGAGGAGAAGCACCGACUGUCUCGCCUCGGCCAGCAAGGACUUGGCGGCUUCAUCAGACUCUGAUUUAUUAAAGUCAGCCCCACCCUGGACCACAGCUUAUCUCAAGCCUAAGUUUAGGCUUUCGCCUGAAAGGGACCAGUGCUUCUCAGAUAGCAGCCCGACCACUUCUAGCCAGGAAGUUGAUGAACCAGUGCAAUCUCAAGGAGCAAUACCAAAGACUGGACAAGAGCUGGAUCCUGCUAAGAAACAGCGGGUUAAACAGAGUCUCAUGAAGCGCGCUAGAACAGUUGCUAUGUUCUCUCUGAAACUGAAGGAAAGGAGGGCUCGUGAAGCUCAGGAGCAGUCAGCAAAGAAAGCUGAACAAAAAGCUAUGGAACAAAUGUUGCACCCAAACCGUCAACCUGGGGGGGAACUUGGAUGUAUUCCACUAGAACAACUCAUAUCAGUUGAGGAUGUUGCUGUUGAUCUUCAGCGCCGCAAGAACCAUAACCACUAAUGUGAUAAAUCUGUAUCUUAAUAAUUAUUCCCUGUCACUCUUUGAUGCAAGCACGCUCUUCAAGUUUGCAUGUUUGCUUUGAGAUCAAGCUUUGAUACAUUUCAAGGGUUAGAAUAGCAAACCAUAACUUUGAUGGUGAAUUUAUCUGAAUGGUUUUUAAGUGCCUUUACACUCAUGUCACAGGACAAAGCAUUAAUUGUUGCGAAAGGUAUUCAUUUUGUGGAGUUUGUAAAUCGUCGGUAAAAUGCUUUGUUAUGUGAGUUGGAUAAAUAGUUAUUUCUGUAUGACACCUCAUACACUUGAGCCCUUCUUCAGUCCAGAUCAAAAUGCCAUGCCUCCUCGCCUCCUGCCAACUAUAUAUCAAGUAUUAAUUAAGCUGAUUACCGCUUACAGAUGUUAGAUUUUCAAUGGGCUUUGAACAUGUUAGAAUAUAGUUCUUUAUUUACUCUGUUCAGCUUUUCUCUCCUUUCUGAAUUGAAUUGGUGGACAAAAUAUAAUCCAGUAUGCCUACACACACAUGUGGAUAUUAUAGGCUUGUGUCUGCAACUAAAGUAAGAGAAAAGUAAAUAACUGCAAAUGUAGUAUUUGAGACUGGCUAAGUUAAAAGAUUUGUUGUAAGAAGUCUUAUUACUUCAACUCUCUAAAAAAAUAUUCUUGAAAUAAAUUCUAAUUCUUUUACUGUUGUGCAUUUUAGAGUCCGUCCUUUUUAAGUUCAAUUCACUUUCCAUGUCAGAGUAGUUUUGAGCUGUGCUUGAAUUGUCGAAUUCUAGAGAAUGUUGUUCCCCAUAGAAGAAGUGGUUCUUUGUGAGAUAUUAUUUGAUGUUUUGCAACAAGAAAACCAUAGCUAGGAGAAAAUUUUUAGAUGCCAUUUUAAGCAAUCCCUUUUUGUAAAGAACUCAUACUUUUGUAUUUUCAUGAAGUUGCUGAUGUUUGGCUUUAAAUAAUAUUGACCCACUUUUGUCUUCAGAAGGCAAAUCAGGUUCAAAGUAUUAUUUGUUCACUCUUAUAAUAUUGUUUUUAAAAAUAUAAUGGGCAAUGUUAAUUGUUUGUGAAAAGAAAAAGGUUAAUUCUAACUUUGCUCACUGCAAAACUGCUCUCUUACUCGAAUGUGAUAGUAAUAUUUGACUGAGGCUUUUAGGAGUCCUAAGGCAUCCUCACUGUGGCUUUAGAACAAUGUGUUUUUUGAUUUUGAGUAUUGCUUUGUUAAUGUAUGUUUUUUAUUACUAUUUUCGUCUACCAUUAGUUUUCUUCCUGUUGAUCUCUAUUUUUACAUUGCAUUUUUUGUUAUGUGGAAGCUUUGAAUAGUGGGUGGCUUGAAUGGAAAAAGCUAUGAUAGCAACAAUAACAGAUCAAACAAACAUACCAUCCACAUUUGAUAUGAUCUCUGUAUCGUAAGGGUGUCUAUCAAUGUAAUGGGAGCCUUCCUGUAGUCUAGUCUGAUGUUUGAAAGCCAAAGGCAAUGUUUGUUACUUAGAAAAAUAAUUAUCUAAUGUAUUUAUGGAACUUCAAAACUGCGCAUACCUCUUUAAACCUUUAUAAGCAAUGGGUUCAAACAUGCUUGAUGGUAUUAAAACUGUUUAAAACAAUUGUGUUAAUGAUUAUGGUUCAUAUGUAUGUAAUUUGCUUAGAUUUUGUUUACAGGGCUUGCCUUUGUAAGGUGUACUGGCAUUAUGUAUUUUACUUAUGUUUUGUAUGUGUCUUUUUCUAGUUGAUACUUAGAAAUGUAUUUUUUCUUUAAUGAUCUCAAUUUAGUGUUAUGGCAUAACUAAAACUCACAUGUGAACAGAGUGUCAGAUUUAUUUGCUGUCUACCAUGUUGACUGAAACAUCUUUAAGGUAUUGCCAACAUUUUCAAACCUAAAGUAAUCCAGCUUCACUUUGACCAAACAAAGAAGCUAUUUUUUUGUGCGUGUUUGAGACUACCUUUGUGGAUAGUAAAUAAUUAUCUGUUGUUAAUGUGAGGUGAACUGUUGUUAAUUGCUCAUUAUUUGAUUUUUUUUAAAAUCUAUUUUUGGUGAGCAGCAUUGCUAUCUUUAUCAUUUAUUUUGUUGAAUGCCGGUACAUUGUGACUGGAAAGACUAAGUUUAUGCAGAUAUUUUAAGAAUGAUUGAACAGCUUCUCCUUCACUUUUCUGAAUGGACAGAAUAAGAAUUAUUGAUUGCUUCCCUAGUGAAAUAUAAAAUGUUAGUUGCAGCAUUAACUGUACUGGCAAGCUAUUUCUCCGUGUUUUAGCAGUAUAACUGUGUUUAACAUUUUAAGAAGUCUUUAACUGUUCAUCUAAGUAUGAAACCCAAGAUUACUACCUUAAUAUCUUUGCCCAUCUUUUGUAAGGUGGAUCUAAAAUAAUGAGGAAAUAGAAGUGUGGAUCUGAUAAAGUUUGCUGUGAACGCAAACCUUUUGAACUGAAAUAUUUCAGAUGACUUGUACUUACGCUUUCAUCAUGCUUUCUUGCACAAAUUUCGAUGUGGGAUGUGUACAAUUUAUUCCCCUAUAGAGUUUAACCGAGUUGACCAUCUGAAUAUAGUAAAUUAAAAUCGAGUUGUAAGUGCUGCAGAUAUUAGUUCACAAUAGAUGUAAUGCAUAGAAGCUUAUGUGUUAAUUUCAAUCAGUGUGUUGAUCCGGUGCUGUUUUUCUUUUCUUUUUUUCUAGUUGUACUUUUAUUAUGCCGUAACAUUCAAAGUCAGUUAGUUGUCGACAGAACCCAUGACCUGGUUGUGCAAUAAUCACCUAAAUUUAAGUGAACACAAGUGUCCAAAUGUAUAAAGAUUGGAUGGGUUGUGGUAGCUUGUGAAAGCAUUUGUAUGGAAUAUUGCAUGAGGCAUAUUAGAUAAGAAUAAAACAUUACCACUACAUA